AUGAAGGUUGAUAUUCAAACUCAAUUACAGAGAAUUUCUAUUGCUGAAACUUCUUUUAGUAAUGUUAGUUUGGUACAUAAACAACAAGUUGGACAAAUAUUUUCUCAUGAAAUAAAUGAACUUGGACAGCAUAUGUUGGUAGAUUAUCGGGUUAUAUAG